AUAGAGUCAGUACAGGGCUCUGGCUGGCUGACUGACUGUGCUUAGUCAAUAGACAAAGUCAGUCUCUGUUAAAGACUUCACGUUUUCAAUAUGCAACUGAAAAUUGCUGUGGUUCUUGUUCUUUUCUGCGCUGUCUCAGUGCUCAGUAGAUCAUAUCGAGGUCCUGGAAUAGUUUCCACAAACUGCUGUACGAAGGUGUCCCGCAAGCCAAUUCCAUUUCAGGUUACACACUAUAGGAUACAGCCAGCAUUGUCCCCCUGUGUCGAAGCCAUCAUAUUUUACACGGUAGAGAAAGGGCCUUUGUGUGCUGAGCCAAAAGCACGUUGGGUAUCAAGAAAGAUAAAAGAGAUUAAGUAAGUACUGCUUGUGAAAUAAGU